AUGGCGACCUUGCUAACCUCUCUCUCAGGUAACAGUUGGUCGGAACUUGAAUGCCACACAACUGAUGCAUUGCUCAAGCAAACUGCAUAUUAUGUUCAUAAACUGAAGCCGUACAUUACCGAGAUUAAAUUAAAGAAUAACUUUGAGCAUCCCAAUACCUUCAGUGGAACGUCAUUGCACAUAUUUCCUAAAAAGAGCUUAGAUACAGUACCUACAGAUUUUUGGCAGAAAAAAGACGAUUUGCUGUGUACUGAAAGCGAUCCUGAAUUUAUAGCUGCUAAAUAACACUCAUAAAAGAGUUUGGAAAAAUGAACAAGAAUGUGGCACUUCUGCGCCAGUUGGCCAAUGAAAUACGCCGUACAUCCUCGAAGAAGAACACAAAAGAUAAUUUGGUAAUGCAAUAUAUUGUAGAACAGAACCGUGCACAUAAGCCAACAUCAGAGGUUCUCUGCAAAGCUCGUGAAGAACUGCAAACUCUAGCUCAGAAUUACUUAUGUUAUCUUCAUUCUCUCAGAAAAUAUCAAGAAAUAAGCAGCUUUUACGGUGGAAAGGGAGAACGAAGCGUUAAGGAAACUGCUAACCUUGUUGGAUUUAAGCUUCCACAUGAUCCAUAUUAAGAAUAUGAUACAAGUUAUCAAUAGUUAUUUAUUUAUUUAUUUAUUAAACCAAGAACUUUUAUUUUAAAUAAAUUAUAAAAUUAAAAAUAAAUAGUAUCUUCUUUA